AUGGGAAAGAAGAUUAUUAUCGAUACUGACCCGGGCAUUGACGAUGUCCUCGGUCUCCUGCUGGCGCUCUCCGCCACGCCUGAGGAGGUUGAGGUUCUGCUCAUCUCGUUGACCUUUGGAAACAUCGAAGUGAAGAAUUGCCUCCGCAAUGCCGUCUCAAUGUUCCACAUCCUUGAGCAGGAGAUGCAGUGGCGCCGCGAGAAAGGCCGACCUGAGGGUUUUGGCGCCUUGAGCGCUUACCGUCCUAUUAUCGCCGUCGGUGCUGAGAACCCUCUCGAAAAUCAGAAGAUGCUGGCUGAUUACUUCCAUGGUACCGAUGGACUUGGUGGUAUCCAUGCUAGUCACCCACAUCUCACACCGACUGAGGCCUGGGAACAUCUAUUCCAUACGACCGUGGACCAAGAAGGCAUUCCAGCAGUCGUAACCUCCGAUAGCGAGCGCGCCUUCACGCCCUCCAAGCUGCCAGCACACAAGGAGAUUCUCCGUGCCCUCCGUGACAAUGAGCCCGACUCCGUGACCCUAGUCGCAGUCGGUCCACUGACCAACCUGGCUCUAGCCGCAGCAGAAGACCCCGAAACCUUUCUCCGAGUAAAGGAAGUAGUAGUAAUGGGCGGCGCAAUCAACCAACCAGGAAACGUAACCCCGAUGGGCGAAUUCAACGCCUACGCAGACGCAGUUGCUGCCGCUCGAGUCUUCGCCCUGACAUCGCCAAACCCAAAUACAACAGUGCCGCCAACUAAGAGCGACAAGCUACCACCCUACCCAACCAAGCUCAGUCGCCAACUCACACUGCGUCUGUUCCCUCUGGAUAUCACGCUCCGUCAUAACCUCUCCCGCGGCCAGUUCCGCGAAGCUAUUACCCCCCUCUUGGCGGGUGGAUCCCCGCUCGCUGAAUGGGUUGACGCUUUCAUGGGCCAUACCUUCAAAACCCUUGAGCGUCUGCACCCUGGCCAUGAAGGUGAUGAUGCUCAAUUGAGUCUGCAUGACCCUGUUUGCAUUUGGUAUGCCAUUACCGCUGAAGAUCCUAAGUGGCUUCCAUCUGAGAACUCGCCUGAGGAUAUUCGCAUUGAUACGCUUGGUCAGUGGACUCGCGGUAUGUGUGUUAUUGAUCGUCGGAACCGGCACCGGAUCGAAGGUGAAGAGGAGAGUUCCAGUGAUCAUGGACUUUGGUUGAGUGGCAGUGCUGGAAACCGUAUCUGGCGGAUGGAUGGAUCGCCUGCUGAGGAUAACUUUGGUGAAAUCCUUAUUAAGAGAGUGUUUGGUUAG